CGCGCGCUCCUCACUGCGCUCUCCGAUCAUCUCUCACGAUUUCACCGUUUAUUAAAGUCGAGGAUCAAACAUUAAGACAGAACAUUGCUUACAUUUCGUUGGUUCUUCAACGUUUUAACCCACGUGCUCUUGGGAAACUGUGCCUCUGCUUCGAACCGAACCGCGAUUCAUCGGAGAAUAAGUUUGCCGGAUACAGGUGCUAUAACUCCAGCUGAUGAUCACAGACACAGAUUUAGACUGUCAGAUUCCAAGAGAUCAUUUCAGUUCCAGCGCAAGAUGAAGUCUGCUGGAGCUGUUGAUGAAGGACUCUUUACAGAGAGCUACUGUAACAUCUGCAAUGCUCAGUUGAUCUCUGAGUCCCAGCGUGUGGCACACUACGAGAGCAAGAAACAUGCCAACAAAGUGCGGCUGUUCUACAUGCUCCACCCUGAAGAUGGAGGUCCACCAUCUAAAAGACUGAGACCAGACAAUCCGGACAGUGCGGAGAACGAGGUGGACAGAAACAAAUGCUGUACGCUCUGUAACAUGUUCUUUACCUCUGCGAUCGUUGCUCAGUCGCACUACCAGGGCAAAACGCACGCUAAGAGAGUUCGCUUGGUGCUGGGGGAGUCACCAAGUUUACCAACACCCACAGAUUCAGCUCCACCCACCCCUCAGUGCACAGACCCGCCCCUUCCUUCGUGGACUACGCUGGCCAAUCACGGAGAGGCGGGCAAGUACUGCUGCUUGUGUGGUGCCUGGUUUAACAACCCGUUGAUGGCACAGCAACACUACGAAGGCAAGAAGCACAAGAGAAAUGCGGCACGGGCACGACUGCUGGAGCAGCUGGCAGGCAGUCUUGAUGCCAACGAAAGCACAGGUCUGCGUCGGAGUUACUCAUGCAGUGUUUGUAAAGUGGUUCUGAACUCCAUAGAGCAGUAUCAUGCACAUCUGCAGGGCUCCAAACACCAAAACAAUUUGAAACAACAUCAGAAAUGAAGAACAGGAAAUACUGAGGCUGAAACAGAAAAAGAGACCAUUUCAAGAACUUAUGGAGCUACACAUGAUCUUUUGUUGUUUGGCCACGGGAAUUGUUCGUCUACAAUAUUCGAGGUUCCUCAACUGUCAACCAUUUUAUAUUUUUAUUCACAAACGCAAAAAACAUUGAUCUACUUUGGGAAUAUCUCAUCUGUCCUUACUUGAGCAAAAGGAUUCCUAUGAUGUUCAUCUAUGAAGUUAACUGAACAAUUUCAGUGAUAUUCACCUGGUUACAUAAGCGCACCAGCCUGAAUGGACAAAGAAUGGUCCUGCUAGUUAAUUUUUGCCUUUCAAACUCUUGUAUGCAGUAGCCGGUCACUCUUCUCUACUCUUUAAACUGGCCAUCGCUGCUUUGGUUUUUCACUUUGGCAUGCUGAUGACAGAAAGAGAUCAACCUUUUAGAGUAACCGUGUUGUUUAAAGUCUCACUUUUGUGUGUGAAUGCUGCCAGCGAGGAGCCAGUUCAACUGCCUUUGUGUGAGUUCUGUCAUGGCUGUGGUUGAAAAGCCACAUUUCAGCACUAAUGUCAGCACUGUUUUCACAGUCUUACUACCACAGUUAGUGUCGUAUAGGGCAGAACACUCCUACAGAGCUCUGAUGCUGCUUAAACAUUGAUGUCAAAUGGAAUAUAAUCAAUAUAAAGGAGUCGAGAUGCAGUGUGUUGGGAUUUUUCAUUAUAUCUCAAUCACUAAUAAUUCACAGGGAAGGACAUAAAUGUGUAAACCAGGUGGCACUGAGCUUGAUCUAAAUCUAUGCCAAAAUGACUGCCUGUAAAACUAGAGCUCAGUGCCUGCAGUUUGAAGUAUGAAUGUUGUUUUGUUUGCUUUCUUACAACGUGGCAUAGAAAUAAAAAAUGCAGAAUUGUUGGUGUAUUUCUCGUUAUCGCAGAUUAUAGCUACUUAACUAAGACCUGGGGCCUCAUUUGUAAAGACAUGUGUAUCUUCCUAAAUGUGAAUGUACUGUAUGAUAAUUUCAUAAUUGUUCCUACGAAUUACAGUGGGGGAAAAGUAUGUGAACCCUUUGGAAUUACCUGCAUUUAUGUAUAAAUUUGUCUCAAAAUCUGGUUUGAUCUUCAUCUAAGUUACUAUAAUGAACAAACACAAUCUGUUUUAACUAAUAACACACAAAUUAUUGUAUUGUUCUUGUACAUAUUAAAUACAUCAUUCAAACAUUCACAGUGUAGGUUGGAAAAGGGAUGUGAACCCCUAGGCUAAUGAUGUCAACAAAACCCAAUAAGAGUCAGGAUUUGGCAAACCUGGCAUCCAGUUAAUGAAAUGAGAUUGGAGGUGUGGGUUAGAGCUACUUUGACUUGUAAAAACACUCAAACAUUUUAAGUUUUCUAUUCACAAGAAGCAUUUGUGAUGUGGACCAUACCUCGCAAAAAAAGAGAUCUCAGAAGACCUAUGAUCAAGAAUUGUUGCUUUGCAUAAAGCUGGAAAGGGUUACAAAGUUAUCUCAAAGAGCUUAGAUAUGUAUCUGUCUACAGUUAGACAACUUGUCUAUAAAUGGAGAUGAUUUAGUAUUGUGGAUACUCUCCCUAGAAGUGGCCAUCCAGCCAAGAUGACUCACAGGGCAAACCGCAGAAUGCUCAAUGAGGUAAAAAAAAGAACCAGAAAGUGACAGCUAAAGACUCAAAGGAAUCAUUGGAACUGGUUAACAUCUCUGUUUAUGAGUCUACUAUACGGAAAACAUUAAACAGGCAUAGUGUCCAUGGCAGGACACCACGAAGGAAGCUGCUGCUUUCCAACAAAAACAUUGCUGCGUGCCUGAAGUUUGCCAAAAGACCACCUUGACACUCCACAGUGCUACAGGGUAAAUGUUUUGUGGACUGAUGAAACUAAGGUUGAAUUGUUUGGGAAUAACAUGCAGCACUACAUGUAGCUUAAAAAGGACACCACAUAACAACAUGAAAACAUCAUCCCAACGGUGGAGAAUUAUUAUUUGGGGCUGCUUGCUGCUUCGGGGCCACGAACACAUGCCAUCAUUGAGAGAAAAUUAAAUUCCCAAGUUUAUCACAAUAUCCUUCAGGAUAAUGUCAGUGUAGCUGUGCUCCAGCUGAAGCUCAGUAGACAUUGGGGGAUGCAGCUGGACAAUGGUCCUAAACAUCGAAAUAAAUCCACUACAGAAUGGCUUAAAAAAAUCCACCUUUUGGAGUCACCUAGUCAGAGCCCAGACCAUAACCCAAUAGAGAUGCUGUGGAAUGAUCUCAAGAGAGCCGUUCACACCAGAUAUACUAAGAAUAUAGCUGAGCUGAAGCAGCUCUGCAAGGAAGAUUGGUCCAGAUUUCCUUCCGAACGUUGUGCAGGUCUAAUCCACUUAGUUAAGUUUAUUGCUGGCAAAGGAGGUUAUUGCUGACAAAGGAGGAUCGACCAGUUAAUAAAUCCAAGGGUUCACUUACUUUUUCCACAGCUCUGUGAAUGUUUAACGGGAUGUGUUCAAUAAAGACAUGAAAGAUUAUAAUUGUUUGUGUGUUGUUAGCUUAAGCGCAUUGUGUUUGUCUAUACUUCUGACUUUGAUGAAGAUGAGAUCACAUUUCAUGACCAAUUAAUGCAGAAAAGCAGCUAAUUCCAAAGGGUUCACAUAAUUUUCUUGCCACUGAAUUUAUUAAAUGUCUGUAUGCACGUAAAAUAUUCAGUUAUUUCCUUUAUUAAUCCCGAUUUGAUUAUCACCUCUACCAUAGAAUCAAAUCGAUGUACAGUAUGUGCAUUUUAUAAAUGAGGUCCCUGUUCUAAAAUUGUGUCAAAAUAGAGUGACAUUUAUGCAAAUCAGAGUAUUAUGGUAGCGACCAAGCCAGAUGUUUUAAAAUGGUAUGGUUGAAUAAUGCAAAAAAACUUUUUUGUAAAUAAUCUACGGUAUACAAAACAUAUUGUUAGUUAAACACUUGACCAGCUCAACAAGGAUGAUUAUUGUGGAGUAUUUACUUGAAAAGAUUUUUGUGUCUUGCCUUUUGGACAAUACGUUAUUGAAUUGAAAUUCUUAGGCUUUUACAAAACGUGUUGACACAGCCAUCGAAGACCCCAAUGAUGUCUUUGUUGAAGGUGUUUAGUGGAAUAAUACACAUGAUUUACUGUAAUUGAGACUACUGGAUGGCUGUUAUUUAUAUAGGAUGCUAGGGUGGGAGUAAACUGAGCCUAGACACCUGUUUGACUCCAAAUUAAAUUAUAUGGCUUAGUCAUUCUGUAUUGCAAGAAAUGUCAGAAAACUACUGUACUCUUCAGAAACACAAAGCACUGGGACAAAGGACAGUACAUGGUUCCUACAAAGAUACAUAAAUGUGAUUUAUUUGAUGUGUGAUUCACUUGAUGUGCUGUAUGGAGUGACAGAUAUUAAGAACAAACUCAGGCUGUUAAGAUGUAUCAGUUUAUAUCAGUUGUUGUUUAAACUCAUCUCAGUCUUUAGCCUUUUGCUGAUCAUGUAAACUCAAAUAGCAGUCUUGAUGUCCCAUGAAUGGGAAUGCAAUUUCAACUAAAUGUUAAUUACAAAUAUUUGAUGGUUAAUAUUCGCUGUAGGCUAAAAACGAUAUAUUUAUUAUAAAAAUAUUUAUUAAAUACAAUGUAGGAAAGCAUAUAUGUGUUACUUGAAAGACUUUUGUGAAUUUCUUGUGAAAUUUUUUGUUUGUUUUUUUGACAGUGGAAAUGGUGUUAAAUCUGUAAGUCUGUACUGUGCACAUUUGUAAAUACACUUGAUAAUGAUUAUUUUCACUUUCAAACUAUAAAUGA